AUGGCCACCCAAAACUUCAAAUACCUGAACAAGCUCCGCUCCUCUCGAGUUCUCAUAAUAGGCGGCUCUCAAGGUCUAGGAUUCGCAGCAGCCGAAGCAUCCAUCGAGCAUGGCGCCAGCGUUAUUCUCGUCUCAUCCAAUCCCAAAAAGCUAGCCAACGCCGCGGACCGUUUGCAAACUACCUACGCCUCCAUCGUCUCCCCGGGCCAAGUCUCAACUUACACCAUCGACCUCGCCGACCUCACUAACCUCCGCACAAAUCUGACUCGUCUCUUGGACGAAGCGACGGCGGACGGCGAGAAGAAGAUAGACCACGUAGUCUACACGGCCGACCUGGCCCCGCCUCUCCCGCCGCUUCCCCAGACGACUCCCGAGGAUAUCCACGCGGCCUUCAGCCUCCGCGCUCACGCACCAAUCAUCCUCGCAGGCCUUCUGAAUGGCUCGGAGAAGUACAUCCGGCACACGCCCGACACGUCCGUCACAUUCACCAACGGCUCGAGCUCGCAUCGCCCGAUGCCGGGCUGGGCUGUCGCCGACUCCGCCGCCGGGUCGAUGGAGGGACUCGUCAGGGGUUUGUCGUGCAGCUUGGCGCCCGUGCGAGUGAAUCUCGUAUCUUCGGGACCGGUCACUACGGAGCUGUUCCAGACGUUGCCGGCGGAGACGAUCGAGUUGUUCCGGAGCAAAUGUCUUACCGGUCGACUUGGGCGGCCGGAGGACGUGGUGGAAGCAUAUUUGUAUAUUAUGAAGGAUGGGUUUGUCACGGGUGCGACGAUAUUUACUGAGGGAGGGAGAAUCUUGGCUCCUUAG